UGGCAAAUGCUUCCGUCUCAAUGAUUUCCGACUCGACGAACAAAGAAUUCUUUCGGCUUCGCUACAUCGGUAGGCUUGCUCCUGUUAUCAUUUCACGACCCCACUCCUGAUUGCAUGUAUGCCUUUGCGACUCCUCUUGAAGAUUAGAGAUGUCGAUACCACCGCCACUACCAUUGACCGAAUUUGCAAGAAAGUAUGGACAAUAUGCAACCUACCAUCGAAGCGGCUUUACACCUCAUGACACGAAAUUCCCAUACUUUGGUCCAGACCCUCUCUCCGGGGCAUGGGAUGCUCGAGCUCUUCAAAAAGAACAAUUUUAUGGAUUCACUUCAGAGGAGCUUGGGUACCUUGAUUGUCUUCCAACACGAGAGCUCAAACUAAGUACCCUUAAUAAUGGCAUAAUGUCCACACUGCGACGCGACAACUGGGAGAAUACACCCUCUCCUGAAUAUAGACGAUCUUAUAUGUAUGCGUUGGAGGAUGGUAAUGGUUUAUGGAGCGCAGCAAAUGACUUCGUUUGGAAUUCCCUGCAACCCAGCUUAAUACUCGCAUCGCGUAUUCUUAUGUCAGUCCAUUUGAUGCCAUGGUUCGAUGCGCUGAUAGACGGACCACGCGAACCCAUUGAUCCUAAUGUGAGACUAGAUCGAGAUGAUUUGGCCAAACCAAACGCAAGAUUCCUCGAGUCGUUUCGCCCCAAAGACACCUUUAAUCCUGCUAUUACGAAUACAGAUAUGAGAGACAGAAUGUUCGCUCUACUCGAAAACGUGUUUGAACUUCAGAUUGGUUUCAUGGAUCCGAAUGAGUCACCUACGACCGGUCUUGCCCCAGGUGAAAAGGCCUCUGGUAUGUGCACUGUUAAACACAAGGAUAACUUAGACUGGAAAAUAUUCAUUUGGCUUGACAUUGACAUGUUGAAACCACUUCUGAGGACAGACAUAAAUUCAGCAGAUAGAAUGAUGAUCGACUGGCAAGUAGCUAAUACUAUUGCCCACGAACUUAUGCAUGCCCUCAACUCUACAAAAAAUAUAUAUGAGUAUGACGAAGAAGAAAGUAUGGAACCAUUCUUCCGAGAGGAGCCAAUAUCUGAAGUUGGCAAUAGCUUUGAGUCUGCUAUCAACUUUGGUUUUACUGUUGAGUUCAACUUAAGGAAACAAAUGCUUCCGCUUGGAUUCUGGCAUCGACGGAAUUGGCCUACGGUUGAUGAUAUCAGGCGAACAAAUGACCCUUUCAUUCUCACGAAUCCUGGUCCCGCCAUGGAUGACGAAUACUAUCCUAUACCGGUCCAGGCUUGGGAAGACAUGCAACAAGAAGGUUUCUGGGAUAUCCUGGUCCGCAAGUUUGGUCAUGGAGUUCUCCAUUAUCGACAAGUAAGAGAAGGAGCGAAAAUAACGUACACUGUGAAAGACAAGAAGCGGAAGCUGUAUGAUCAGAACUUAGGGGGCAGAAUCCAAGGUCUCUUUAGCGUACAGAACCAACAAUACAAAAGCAACUUCCAAGCCAUCCAAUCAGCAGCCAGUAUGACACCCGAUGAGCGUGCUGCAUUGCAGUUUGCUUGGUCUCUUAUAGCCAGCUCAGAAGCAGAACAGGAAUUUUGGGAUAAUUCCACAAAACAGCAAACGGCGGUAGACUUCCUCAUUGGCAGCGUAAAUGCAUUGAUGGUCAACCAAUUCCAGCCCGCGCAGAUCCAAACAAUUGCCAGCAGCUUUCUCGGUCUGGUCAGAACAGCAAUCAGCAACCACGAAGUCAUGAUAGCCGCCAUAAAGAGCGCGGAGGCCGCGAACAACACCACAUAUCCCAAUCGGCGGCGAACUCUCUUGAUUUGGAAUAGAGGGACAAGAACCUUUAUGAACAGAGUUCUCGCGUCUCGCUUGCUCGCCGCGGCUGGACUAAACUGGACCCAGCAAUUUCUUGAUCUGGAGGCAUGCAGGAUGCAUCUUUGGGAUCCCAACAUACCAGGAGACGGGAUUCCAGAAGACCGAUUCGAGUUGGAAAAUCUCAGUACCGCUUCCGGAUUUUGUGAUGCGGGACAAGCCAGCGCGUGCUUAGCCACGUGCAACGGUAUCCGAGCCGACGCCUCUAACUCUAUAAUUGCCAACAUAACGUGCAAAGUCUUAUUGUUCGAUGCAUACAGGAAUGUGUUCAACCUGUGGCCAAGCCGGAAAACUGAUCUGCAUCAGGCGCUGGAGAUGCUUGGUUAUUUUGCUUGGGCAGCGCCAGCUCCGUGGCAAGCUUACCUCGGGCGUCUGAAAACGAAGGGCGAACAGCUGUAUGUUCUUCCCCAGCCGCCCCAGCCGGGGGUUCCACCUCCGCCUCCUCCGCCUCCUCCGCCUGUCGUUUGACCUAGAGUUUACUCCACUUGUGAUUUGUCUGGGUGGGUAUGGCAUCGUUGAAUAGAACAAUUUAUCGAAGGAGCUACGUAGGUCAGAUCGGUUGCA